AUGUCUGAAGCCAAGAUCCUGAGCUCCUCUUGCCUCGUGCUUUCCUUGCUCUCCUUGCACUGGGCUUCACUCCAGCUGGGCCAGGCUUUUCCCAGCACCUCUGACUACCUCCAGCGGAGCUGGCAGCGGCUGCUGGAGGAAGGGGAGGGCUGUGCUGAGUGCCGGCCGGAGGAGUGCCCGGCGCCACGCGGGUGCCUGGCUGGCACGGUGCGGGAUGCCUGUGACUGCUGCUGGGAGUGUGCCAACCUGGAGGGACAGAUCUGCGACCUGGACAACACCAACCACUUCUACGGGAAGUGUGGGGAGCACCUGGAGUGCCAGCUGGAUGCCGGGGACCUGCGGCGCGGAGAGGUGCCUGAGCCCCAGUGCACCUGCCUCUCCCGCCUGGCCCUCUGCGGCUCUGAUGGCAAAACCUAUGCCCAGAUCUGCAGGUUCUUGGAGGUCGCCCGUGCCCACCCCGACACCAACCUCACCGUGGCCCAUGAGGGUCCCUGCGAGUCAGAGCCCCAGAUCACCUCUCCUCCCUACGACACGUGGAACAUCACUGGGCAGGACGUCAUCUUCGGCUGCGAGGUCUUCGCCUACCCCAUGGCAUCCAUCGAGUGGAGGAAGGACGGCACGGAGAUGCUGCUGCCUGGAGAUGACCCCCACAUCUCUGUCCAGUUCAGAGGUGGCCCCCAGAAAUACGAAGUGACAGGCUGGCUCCAGAUCCAGGGCGUGCGGGUGACGGACGAAGGCACCUACCGCUGCUUUGCCAGGAACAGGGUCGGGGAGGUGGUGGCGUUAGCCAGCCUGACUGUCUUCACACCGGACCAGCUCAACCUGACGGGCUUUUCCCUGCCGAAGCCCCGCACGACGCCCGAGGACUAUGGGGAGAGUGAGGAGGACUAUUACUAGCCCGGAGACGGGAUGUCCAGCUGCAGAGAUCACCUUGACCACGGUGGCCGUUCCCAGGGGUCGGGGA